UACAAAGGGAAACGAUUUAGGGAUGUACACACGGCCAUGUGAACCAAACUUUGCGGACCAAAACUCACCUAGAAUAAAAUGGCUUUCGCAAACCUUUUCUCGAGUUUGUCAGAUAUUAGAAAAGAUUUGGAAAGCCCUGCUCAACCAGUCCCUGGACACAGGAACGACACAGGUCAUUGUAAAAGAGGUAGAAGGAGGAAGAGGGGAGCACAAGGUGGCCAAACUGGACCUGAUGAAAAGAAGCCAUACUACCAGACCCAGACAAGCAGAACAUAUGGGGCUGCAUCCUUUAGAGAUGACAACCAUCACAUGUCCUUUAAAGGUCAAAACAACAGCAACAUAAAUAAUCCUAUCUUGAACAAGCAAAAUAAGAAGCGGGAUAGAGGACGACAGAGAAAAAAUGGACAGCACAGGAAGAAUGACUGGCAGGACUCACAAGCGAAACAGAAAAGAUUCAUGUCCCAGGAGUUCAAGGACCAGAAUGCUUUGUUUUUGGAUGGUCGCCUACUUUGUAAACAUUUUCUUUACGGGAGGUGCAUCAAGGGUGACAACUGCCAGCUGGAGCAUGUGCAAGGUUACAACAAUCUUGUUAAAGAAGUUUGCAAGUUUUACAUCCAAGGAGCCUGCAUUAAAGGAGAGAGCUGCCCCUACAUGCACAAGUCCUUCCCGUGCAAGUUCUUCCACACAAGAGGAAAGUGUUCUCAGGGAGAAGACUGCAGGUUUUCACAUGAGCCUCUUUCUGAUCUCACACAAAGACUGUUGGAUGAGGUACUUAAACAAGAACAAGAGCAGAAUGAACGAGCAAAGAAAGCUGAACAAGAGUCAUUAAAGCAGACAGAAGAGUCAGAAAAUAAAGACAUGAAUGAACUCCCUGAUAUUCUCUUACAACCACUCAGGCCUAAAUUCUAUCAAAGUGUGGAGACGGAGGCAGAGAACAAUUCCUUGUUGCCUCCAACAGAAGAAACACCUGAAAACAUUGAGGGAAAUCUUAAACCACAUGUACCGGAUGAUGUCCAACCUCCGUCAUCUCACCUCGGACAGAAGGAACCAGUUUGUUAUUCAGUUGAAGCCGUGCUCGGACCUCAAUUAUCAAAACGUUUCCUUAGUUUCACAUCUGCAAAUAGUCAAAAAUCUGCUCCCCUUUAUUCCUCUGAAAGCACUUCAAACCAAAGCCUGGCUCCCUACUCUGUUGAGGCUGUUCUCAGGUCUGUUAAAUCAGCGGAAGCAUCCACUCCUUCUUUUGGACAAACUUUUUCCUAUACUCCAAAAACUGGCUCUAAAGAAAGCACUGAUUCUCUGCUAAGCACAGAAACACAAAAUAAACAAGUCUGCUCUUCGGUAAACGCCAGAAAUGAAGGAUGCAAACUUCAGGAAACUUUGUUCAACAGCCUGCCAUCCUUCCAAACACUCACCAGCCCGUAUUCAAAGGCCUGCUCUGAUUUUAUCCUGACCUCCAAGGAUCACAAGACACCAGUUCAGAGUAUGCAAGAACCUCUGAAGCCUGUUCAUGAAGUAAAGUUUGAGUUGUUGCAUUCUCAGAAGUCCUUAGUCACCAACGACAAAGGAGAUAUCAAAGAAAGCAUGCAUCUCCCUACUGAUAUUCAACUCUCUGGAACCUGUGCAAGUGUUUUCCAAGUGGUUCCCAAGAAGCUGAAAUCUGUUUCAUCAAGUUCAUCUGAUCAGACAUCUUUUGAAAAUCCAGCACAGCUGAAGCCAAAUCUCUCCACUCUAAUGUCUAACUCUAAAACCUCUUUUAAACCUUUUUGUCCCUCUUCAGGUUUCAUAAAGUUUCAAGAUAAAGAUGCUGUUCCUACUCAGCUUGUCACCACUGCCAUCAAGCCAAGUGAUUCCUCAGGCUUGGUCAGCCAUUGCCUUGAAGCAAAACAACCCAUUGAGAGUGACUUGCCCUCCCAAAAAAACACACUAGACUGCAGCAGUACAGAGACAGAUAGAGGUACUUUGGCGACUGAAUCUAAAAAGAUCUCCAAAAUAUCCUUUCAUAACCUCUUUGCAAGCCCAAUCACAGACUCUCUGCAGCCUCAAGAUGAAUCUAUUACAGCUUCCUCCUGUCCUAACAGUUCAAUUCAGGCUUCCAGCUCUGCUCCAAAGUCAGCCACUUUGAAAAAUAAUCCUCCAGUUGCUGCUGCUGUUAAAGCCCCUGAAAGGUCCUUUGCCAGCCUUUUUGCUCCUCCACCUCUUGGUGUCUCUGCUCUCCUGAUCACUCAGUGUCAGCCACAUUAUUCAAAGACUUCCUCCUGUCCACAACAGUCUGCCCAGGCAGUUGAACUUGCAUCUCAUUUGUCUGACUCCAAACAAACCACUGCUAAUUUAAAGAUCCCUGUCAAGUGCAGGGUCAGAACUGAAGCCAAAGAAAUCUCUCACAGGCCAAAAUCUCCUCAUCUCUCUUCUGAAGCUGAAAACGGAAAUAAAGACAGUUUCACUGAGCCUAAAAAUCAGGAAAUCAACCCUCUCUGCAGCCCCGUGUCUGACUCUGUCAGUGAGCAGUCUACCUGUCCAGCUCCUUGUGUUGACAGAAAAACUUUAAACCACGCUGAUCAUUCAGUACCUGAAGUAUCACUCCAAAAAGCAGAGGUUCCUGCAAACUCCAUUCUAAGGACUCUGUUUCUCCACCUGAGUCCGUACCAGGACGAAGAGCAACAGGACAGUGUUGAGAUCAGUUCUUCUCAAGAAUCUGAAAUUAACCAAAUCAGCUCAGGGACCUUUGAGAAGCAACAUUGGGAAAGCAAAACAGCGCAAAAACAGAGGAAGCUGAAGACUCUACAGACCACGGAGAAACAGGAGCAGCAGCCUUCUCAUCAGACUCCUCACAUCUUGCAAACAGACAUGGUGACCAACAGCAGUCCACGAGUGACUAAACCCCGGAUGAGAAACUCUAGAGCGCACGGCUCUACAACAACAACGCUGAUGCAGCAUCACAGUGGACAAAUACUGACGCCAACAUCAGAGCAUAGACAGUGUGUGAACAGGAACAUGGAGGCAACUCCACUAAAGAAUCUUUUUAAGACUUUAGACAGUUUGCUUUAGUUUUUUUUUUUUGUUUUAAAAGAGUAAUGCCGAUUAGCACCUCAUUAAAUCAUACUUCAUCAGUUUGAAAUUUAACACCUUCAUUUGUCACUUUAAUGUCCUCAUCAGGAAUUCACAUGAUGAAUUGUUGUUUUUGGUAAAUCAUUUUUGAAUCUUUAAUCUUUGUAUUAAUAAAAUUUUUUGCCAUCAGAAACAAGAAGUAUCUGGGAGUACUAAUAAAUACUAACUGGCUAAUUCAUUAGGUCCCGUUUAACUGCUCAUUAACUCAAAUAUCUAAUUAGCCAAUCACAUGGCAGCAACCAAAGCAUUUUGGCAUGUAGACAAGAUGAUGUGCUGAAGUUCAAACCAAGCAUCAAAAAGGGGCUUGUGAAUGUGCCAUGGUUGUUGGUCCCUGUUUCACACUUCAAUUUUAUGGAAAUAAUAAUGACCUUCUGAAUCAUGUUUAAUUCUUUAAAAAGAUGAUGCUAAGAAAUUAAUCUGUUGUUGUAUACAGUGCAUUCAGAAAGUAUUCAGACCCCCUUCUCUUUUUUAAAUUUUGUUAUCAUUCAGCCUGAUGCUACAGUCGUUUAGAUCCAUUUUUUCUCACUCAGGACCCCACAGUGACAAAGUGAAAACCAAAUUUGAGAUUUCUUUGCAAGUUAAUAAAAAAUGAAAAAAAACUGAAACAUCGCAUCCACAUAACUAUUCAGACCCUGAAGGUGCCCAAUUGAAGCACCUUUGGUAGCAACUGCAGUCCCAAAUCUUUUUGAACAUGACGCAACAGGCUUUGCUUACCUGGAUUGGGGAAUUUUCUGCCAUUCUUCCUCGCAAAUCCUCUCAAGCUCAGUCAGGUUAGAUGAGGACGAUAGUGGACGGCCACCAGGUCACUCCAGGGAUGUUGGAUAGGGUUCAAGUCAGGGCUCUGGCUGGGCCACUCCAGGACAUUUACUGAGUUGGCCACUCUUGUGUUGUCUUGGCUGUGUGCUUAGGGUUAUUGUCAUGGUGGAAGGUGAUCUUCAGCCCAGUCUGAGGUCCUGAGCGCUGCGGGACAGGUUUUCAUUGAGGAUGUCAUUGUACUUUGUACCAUUAAGCUUUCCCUUGUCUCUGACCAGUCUCCCAGUCCCUGCUCCUGAAGACAUCCCACAGCAUGAUGUUGCCACCACCACGCUUGCCUGUUGGGAUGGUAUUGAGCAGAUGAUGAGUGGUGUCUGAGUUCCUCAUUUAGAACUGAGGCCAAACAGUUCAGUCUUGCUUUCAUCAGACCAGAGAGUCUUGUUCCUCACCGUCUGAGAGUCCUUCAGGUGCUUUUUUUGCAAUUUCCAAGUGGGCUUUCACGUGUUGCACUGAGGAUUCUGUCUAGCUACUAGCCAUGAAACCAAGAAGGGGUGGAGAGCUGCAGUGAUGGUUGUCCUUCAUGGCUUUCUUCUGGUUUUUGCUCUGAAAUGCAUUGUCAGCUGUGAGUCCUUCUAUAGAGAGGUGUGUGCCUUU